AUGUCGGGCAGCACCUCGGCCGCCCCGCCGCCUUUUCAACCUCCCCUCGCACCUCGCUCCCCUGCCCUUGCCACCACCACCACCUCGACCCAUACCGCCCCCGCCCCUGCCAAUACCCCCGCGACCAACGGAGAAGCCAGCAGUAGCGCCGCGCCUGCCGCAGCUACGUCUUCCGCCGAGAGCACAGCUGGCGCCGCCGCCGUGCGCAUCACCAAGUCGUCUCCCGCUUCGCCAGCACCUCUGUCCUCGGGUACACCAGCAUUGCAAGGCUCCUUAGCCCCACCACCGCCAGCAGCAUCGGCACCAGCAUCGCCGCAUUCGACGCCUCAACCGUCUUCUCCACGGCCGCCGGCGCUUGCCAAUCGACCUGGCUCGGUUGCCACUCCAGCAUCCACGACAGCCGCAGCGUCGGCCGCACCUGCAGCCUCACCAUCGCAGCCAGCAGCUUCGACUUCCAGCUCGAUGGCGGCCAGCCAGGUCGAGGCUGCGCCCCCGCCGCCUCUUCUGAACGACGCCCUUGGUGCAGCGACCAUCGCACACAGCCCUGCCGCACCAUCCUCGACCGCGCCACCGGCAUCUUUGCCAAUGGCUGCGCUCGGCGCCAUGUCUGCCACCGAUGCGCAGCGCUUUGGUCUCGGGCACCUGCAGGGGAUGGGCCCGGGCAGCUCGUAUUCAUCGCCUCUGCAGGCCUUCCGACCACCCACGCAUGUCUCUCAGCCCCUGCCUCCUCGCACCAUCGCUCCGCAACCGCCGGCGCAGGCUGCCGCAGCGUCGAAACCCGGCGCGCAGGGCGACGUGGCUCAACCCAGCAGUGUGGUGCCGAGGUCGACGCCGACUGUCGCACCCGCAGCGACGACUGCCCCUUCCGUGCCGAAGCAAGACGCUGCCGCUGCCUCGGCCCGGACAAACUCCUCACCGGCUUCAGCGGGUGCAUCGUCCUCAAAUCAGAGCAGCGCUCCGUCAACCUCUGCCUAUGCCGCAAGCGAUGCUGCUCGGGCGAUCCCGACCAAUAAAAACAACCCGGCAUUCCUCAACAAGCUCAGGAGCAUGGUCGACGAUCCAAACACCGACGAGCUGAUCCGGUGGUCGCCGGACGGCGCCUCGUUCUUCGUGCCAAACCACGUCCGCUUCGGAGACGAGGUGCUGCCGCGGUUCUUCAAGCACAACCGCUUCUCGUCGUUCGUUCGGCAGCUCAACAUGUACGGCUUCCACAAGGUGCCGCACCUCCAGCAGGGAGCGCUCAAGCACGACUCGCCCACCGAGAGCGAGCUGUGGGAGUUUUCCAACCCAAACUUCCACCGCGAUCACCCCGAGUGGCUUGCCCGCGUGCAGCGCAAGAAGGGUGUUCGCGACCACCAUCACGACGCCGACAAGGAGAAGGAGCCGAUGAGCAACGAGCUCACCCACCCCGCGUCGAUGCUCAAGGGCGACUUCGGCCUCGGUGCGGCGGCAAACGGCGAGCAGGGCGCGCUGCAGCUGACGAGCGUCCUCAACGCCAUCAACGCGAUCAAGACGGCGCAGAAUAGCAUCUCGACCGACCUGCGCCACCUGCAAAACUCCAACCAGAGCCUCUGGCAAGAGGCCAUCGAGAGCCGGCAGCGCGCAAAGCGGCAGCAAGAGACGAUCAACAAGAUCUUGCGCUUCCUCGCCGGCGUGUUCGGUGCCCAAGACGGCGAGGACGGCGCGAGCCACGCCGCCACCGUCUCGGCUGCCAAGGGUCGUGGCGGACCCGGAUCCAGUGUGCGCCCGCUGCGCCCGGACCGCCUGAUGAUCGAAGAUGGCAGAGGCGGCGGUGGCGGCCUCAACGACUUCAGUAGCAUGGAGCUGCCACUCGAAGAUGAAGAGAUCGAGGAGCUGCCCGCCGCCAUGCGGUUCUCGAACGAGGACAGCCCGAAAGGCAACUCCCCUCCGCAGAAUGCCGAUCCGGCAUUCAGCUCUUCCUCACGCUUCACCGCUCUGGGUUCGCCGCCGAGGAAGCCGGUCAGUCUGCCCGACUUUGCGCCCGAGGCCGUUUCGACGCCGGGCGGGUCCCGCCGGCUGUCAUCGCAGACAGGUAAUUCAAUUCUCAACGCCUUGACCUCGGGCGAAGGCAGCGCAUGGCUCGCCAACCUCUUUGGCGCGGGCGCGGCAAACCAGGGCGGCACCAACUCAGCCGCCUCAACCCCGGGAGGCGGCUUUAAGCUUGACCCGCAGAUGGUGGCGGCGCUGCAGCAGGCUAUCGCGAGCGGCAACAGCAGCGGCGAUCAGGACUACUUUGCAGGCAGCAGCACCGGCGGCAAAACCAACGGCGUCGAUGACUCGCGCUUUUCUUUUGAAACGACGCCGCCGGCGAAAACGGCCGCUACAUCUCGAGCCUCGGGGAAGGGCAGGAGCAAGGCCAACGGCGCGAGCAAGGGCAAGGCGCAGCAGCAGAGCAAGGCGCAAGCCAACGGCAGCCUCGAGCACGACGCUCUGUCCAAGGUCGCCGGGCUCUCGCAGGCAUUGGUGCACUCGCCGUCGCGCACGCAGCCCAAGCUCGCCGGAGCGAGGUCGCAGUCCGGCUCCAACCUCCCUCUCGCCCAUCACGCCGCCAGCCUUGCUCCGGACUCGUUCCUCGGCGCAGCGGACGCCGCCAACAACCAGCAGGUCGGCCUGCCGCUCGCGCGGGUCACGCGUGACAUCCAGGGGACGGCGGCAGACGUCGAUCAGGUGCAGAACAGCAUCAACUCGCUGGUCGAGAGCCUGAAGCUAGACCCGAGUAUCCUGCAGUCGUUCGCGAGCAGCAACACGGCAGCCCCCGCGGCACCCGGCGGCCCUAGCCCGGCCUCUUCGAUGGGACAGACGCCAGGAUUCAGCAGCGGCACCAACAACAACAACAACAACAACAACAGCGGCAACAGCCGUAACGGUGCCGACAACAAGAGCUGGACCCACCUGACUGCAAAUGCCCCGGCCGUGGACCAGGCCUUCCAAGGGUUGUCGUUGCCGGAUGCGUCGCAGCCGCCUUCGGCCUACGCGGCCAACGCGGUCGAUGCCGGUCUAGCGCCGGCUGUUGGCGUUGACGGCGGCGUGCCUUCAUCCGCCGUCGCUCCGAGCUUGAACGGCGGCGGCGGAUUGGACGCCGACUUUGACGUCGACUCAUUCCUCAACCAGUUUGUCGACCCCAGCCAAGCACCUGGUCAGAGCCCGGCGGCGUUCCAUGCCGCCACUUCUCCGAGCAACGGCAUUGGCGGGGACGGUGCUGGCGGCAGCGACAGCAGCAUCUUUGGCACGGGCCUGGGCCUUGGCGGGAUGCUGGACGACCACGACGGCAUCGGCACCUCGCCCUCGUUUGCCUUUUCGCCGGGCACGACGGCGGCGUUCCUGCAGGGCGGGGAUGCUGGCAACGGCCUGUCCGACGUGUUUGGCACCGGCGCUCCGUCGACUGCCAUCAAUGGAGCGGGACAUGGCGGCGAGGUUACUGCAACAGCCAACACCGCGACCAACUCGACGGCUUCGUCGGCGCACUCGACGCCCGUGGUGGGCUCGUGGGGGAUCGCGGAACCGACAUCGUCGACGCCGCUCUCGGGCAGCGUCGGCAGUGGCGCCGCCGGACAGGCGACGCCCAUGUCGAUUUCGACGCCGCCUCCGUCCAACGGCGCCGGCACCGGCGUCGGUGGUCGCGCGCCGUCGUCGCUGUCGCUGAGCAACGACCGGAUCAAGAAGCGGAAGUCGACGACGGUCGAGAACGCGACGAGCAGCGACGAGGUCGAGUUUGACUCGAUGUCGUUCGGCGCGGCGGGCGCGGCGCGGAGCGGCAAAAAGACGAGGAAGAGCCUGAGUCCCUCGUCGGCCCGUUCGACGGCGGCGCCGUGA